AUGCCCCCUCCAGCGGCCCCUCAAAUAAUUCCCCAAGCAGCGCCUCAGGCAGCCCCUCAGGCCCCCCCACCCGCACCCCCCCAACAAGCCCCACCCCGUGGAUGGAAAGCAGGCACCUGGGCCGCCGUGGCCUCGGCACCCGGUCCCGCUCAAGGAAACUUCCAGGUUGUUGAGAGAAGAAAGAAAUCCGCAAAGCCAAAAGCGGACCCCCUCUUCAAGCCAGAAUAUACCAAAAUCAACAGAGAAAUCAUUGUUGAAACCACUGCCCCAUCCGACGUCAACCCCUCCGAGAUCAGGACCCUAGUCAAUGCAAGAAUUCAGGACGAAUCCUGCCACUUCAUUUCAGCAAGGAGAACACCCAAGGAUAACUUUAUCCUGGAAACAAAGUUCGUCACCCCAGCAACAAAGGCAAUGGAAUACGCCAAAGAAAUUGAGGAGGCUCUCCUCACUCUACAAGUACCAGUCGCCAUCAUCCGGGCAAACUCCAAAUGGUCAAAGUUCCUUAUUCACGGAAUCCCCACAACGGUCGGAGAAGGCGUCGAGGCAGGACAACUGGUAGCAUCCGAAAUUAGAAGCAACUAUGGAGAGAACUUCCAACUUGCCCAGGUUCCCCGCUGGAUCUCCAGAGCAGAGACUCGAAUGGAGAAAACCCACUCAUCAAUGGUCAUCGCACUCCCAGGACAAGUUACAAUGGAAACACUAGGAGUUAAGUUCCUAUCCCUCUUUAACCGAAGCUGCCACAUCGAGGCCUUCCUCCCAACCUUCCCAGACACCCAAUGGGCGAAGUGCCUCGAAUACGGUCACCGCCAGGAGAAAUGCAAAAACAACGGGAGAUGCGGUCAUUGUGCCGGAAAUCACCUCACCAGUUUCCACCCAUGCAAUCAAUGCCAGGGAGGAUAUAGAUGCACCCACACCCCAAUCAGAUGUCUGAACUGCAAAGGAAUCCAUAAGGCCUUCGACCCAGCAUGCCCCGAAAGAGUCAAACGCCGAUUCCUUAACAAAGGAAAAGAAAACGCCCCACCCGCUCAAGACCCACCGGCCGCACCCGUCCAAGA